AUGCAACAUCAUGAAAAGCUGAAUAGUACAAAUAUAAUAACUUUAAAAAUGACACGUAAUACUCGUAAUAAUGUCGAACGAACUCCAUCACCAUCAACAAUUGCUAUUGAUGAUAAUGUGAUUAAUUUACCUGAUCUUUCAGUUUUUCGAGAUGAUGAAAAACAACAUAUUCUUGAUGUUUUAUUACGUGAUGAAAGUCUCCGUAAUAAACAUUUAUUACGCUUUACGCAUUUAAGAAAAGAAGUGGCGAAUCUUAAAGAACAUUCACAAUCAACAUCAAAUUCAAUAUGUGCUCGAUGUCAAACACCAUUUGGUUUUAUAUUUAAUACAGGUGAUACAUGUCCAAGAUGUUCAGCAAAAGUUUGUAAACAAUGUCGACUUAUCUAUAAUGUUAAUGACAAUAGCUGGCUAUGCCGGUUAUGUUGCAAACAAAUGCAAUUAAUGAGCUAUUCAGGUGAAUGGAUGUAUUCAAUUCGUAGUACUUUUCGAAAAGAUCUAAUGGAUCAAUCAGAAAUUUUACAUGAAUCAGUUCCACCUUUUGUUUCUGCACACAAUUUAAAUCCUAUAUCAAGUUCGGAUUCUGAUCCAGAAGAUAUUGUUCCAUUAAAUAAAAAAAGUCGAUUUCAUACUCAAUCGAUUAAAACAAAAGAAUCAAAGUCGAAUAAUAAAAUAACUAAGAUGAUAGUUCAAAAUCAUAAUGAUGAAGAAAAACUAAAUUAUGUUAAAAAAUGUAUGGAAAGACGUCCAUUGGAUAUAACAUUAACACAACCAUUACCAAGACGAAAUCGUCUACUUGCAUCAAAACAUAAUACAGUAAACAAUUCAUCAGAUGAAGUUAAUGCUUUCUUAAAUUUAUCAAAUAAGCGUCAAACUCCAAAAUUAAACAAACAAAAUGCAUCGCUAUCAAUAAAUACAGAAAUAUUAAAAACAAAUUCAAAUCAAAAUAUCAAUGUAAAUCAACAAGAAACUGAUAGCCAAUCUGUACGAUCAUCUGAAUUGAAAAAUAAGAAUAAAUCAAAAAUAGAUAAAUUAAAAAUUCCACGACGUCAUCAAUCCUUUAAUCGUGAUUCCAAACUAAGUUUAACAUGUCCAACACCUGAAAAACCAUCUACUAAAAAUCUUAGUAUUUCAAUGCAAAGUUUACGUCAUGUAGUUCAUCGUAUUUCACAUCCACAAUUAUCAUUAUCACGUGCUUCGAUACAUUCGGAAAAACAACUCAAUUCUAAAACGUCGACUAGUUUAACUAUGAAAGAAGAUACAAAAUCACUGAAAGUACCCAACAUACACAGUCAAUCAAUUUCAUAA